ACGUCACACUACGUUCCCUGCUUCCCGUCGUUACAUGUCGCAUUCACUGAGCAGUGACACCUGUCGCAUAAUAUUGUAGGUUUAUUGCGCUGGUUCGGGCUGUUUUUGCGUUUUUGUUGGCACGAGGUGCAAGUUAGCUUAGCUGCAGUUUGGCGUUUCGCUCUUCCUCCCCGUCCGUGGAGCCUCGCUGUUGUUGUUUACUGUGAGUUCUGGUCUGUGAACUCUAAUGUUACGCGCGCCUUCAAGCUGCUUUCUAGCCCGUCUCAUCAGACUUGGUAACGCGUUCAGGGAACAACUGACUGCACGUAAACGCAGCAUGGCAGGGACGUGUCAAGUGUUUGACGCUUCAUUCCUCAUUUAUCUAAAUUUCUGUUUCAUCACAUUCGUUGCACUUAGAUCAUGGGCACAGAAAUCAAUUGACGUCUUUGUUUAAAUACAUGCAGUUUUACAGGCUAAAGUAUUUGAACACUGACUAGUUUAAAAAAGCUUCUUAAACUCGUUUGUUGGGAAUGCUGCUUGGUAAGAACCGUGGAAAUGUAGGACGAAUCUGCGCAGAGUAGGGCACGUAAAUCAAAAUAUGGUUGAUUUGCCUGUGUUCUGCAGUACUACUGAUCUGUGGGUGUGUGAUUCUGAACCAGCAUCAUUCACAUGGACUCUUACUGUGUUUUACUUCUUCACUGUGCCUCCUUGUAAACAGUCAAUAACGCAGCCCCACUGCGUUAACUUUGCUGCACACACACAGCAUUGACAGUCAGAGGAAACAUGUCAGCGGUGGGGGAAUUCAUAAUGUGUACUUGACUUCAGAAUCAGUUCCUGAAUGUUAAGCUCAUCUUCCUCGUUCGUCGUGCAUUGUAGGUCUUUUCACAGCCUUUUCGGCAUGUGACAGGUUAAAAUAAAGCUGCUUCCCACCCCUCGCCUCCAGUUGCACAAGAGUGAAUUGUUAGCACUUGAAUCUGUGUUUCUAUGUUUCUUCCCUGUUUUUUCAGAAUGGUUUUCAGACGACUGGCAAGUAUUUGGUAACUAAUUCUCUCAGUACAGGGCAAAUGGACUGUGUUUUUCCAAGAUUAGCGUCCCAAGCAUGUUCUCAGCCUCUUGCAGGGCAUGUGACCGUGAAGCCUGCCGGGCUCUUGCUGUGCUGGAGUAGAGACAUAAUCAUCAUUCUUUGUGAGUCUUGGUUGAGGAGAAUCACAAGGCUGUGACAGUCCAGCUGGGUCGUGGUCAUGCAGCACCCCAAUUUUGAGACCCGCCACCCUCUCCAGACGGACGAGCAGCAGGAGACCGGAUUCGAUCCGCUAAACAAUUUCAACAAAAACCACAGCAUAGGAUCCCUUGACAGCAGCGGUUGCUCUCAGUCGACCUUCCUCUCGUACAGGAAAGAAUGGGACGACUUGUUCCUCAACAGUAAUUACCUGGCGAGGAUCCGGCAGGCGGGCAUCAACGGUCGACUGAGAAGCAGCCGCUUUCGGAGCGUUUGCUGGAAGCUGUACCUUGAGGCUCUUCCAGAAGACAAGGGACAGUGGAUCAACAAGACCAAGGAGCUGCGGGCCCAGUAUGAGAAGAUCAAAGAGAUGCACAUCACCAACCCUCGCAAGGCUGCAGGACAACAGGACCUAGUGGUUAACAACCCGCUUUCCCAGGAUGAGGGGAGCCUGUGGAAUAAGUUCUUCCAGGAUAAAGAACUGAAGGGGAUGAUCAAACAGGACGUGUUGAGGACGUUCCCAGAGAUACAUUACUUCCAGGACGAUGAUGUGAGAACCAAGCUGACGGACAUUCUUUUCUGUUAUGCCAGAGAAAACGAGCAGUUACUAUAUAAACAGGGGAUGCAUGAGUUGCUGGCUCCCAUUGUGUUUGUCCUGCAUUGUGACCAUCAGGCCUUCCAGCAUGCCAGCGAAACUGCCAGCCCCAGUGAGGAGAUGAAGUGUCUGUUGAACCCAGCGUACCUUGAACACGAUGCCUAUGCCAUGUUCUCACAGCUGAUGGAGACGGCAGAACCGUGGUUCUCCUGCUACGAGAGGGAAGUGAGGAAGGGUAAGGAAGAGAUGCUGACCAGCAUCCCGUUCGCUAGGCCUCAGGACGCGGGGCCAUCUGUUGCCAUAGUGACCAAAGUCAACCGCAUCCAGGACCAGAUGGUGAAGAAGCACGACGUGGAACUGCACAUGCACCUCAACCGGCUGGAGAUCGCUCCACAAAUCUAUGGCAUCCGGUGGGUGCGUCUGCUGUUCGGACGCGAGUUUCCGCUCCAGGACUUGCUGGUGGUGUGGGACGCUCUGUUUGCUGACAGCGUCACUCUGGACCUGGUGGACUACAUCUUUGUGGCCAUGCUGCUCUACAUCCGAGAUGCUCUCAUUGCUAGUAACUUCCAGACCUGCCUGGGCCUCUUAAUGCACUACCCUCCGAUAGGUGACAUCAACUCUCUUCUGCAGAAGGCUCUGUUCCUCAGAGACCCCAAAAACAAUCCGCGACCCGUAAACUACCAGUUCCAGCAGAACCUGGAUUACUACAAAACCAGGGGAGCAGAUCUGAUGAACAAGACACGUUCUAAUUCCGGUGCCAAAGCCGCCCCCCUCAACAUCAACAAGGUCUCCAACAGCCUGCUCAACUUCGGUAGGAAACUCAUUGCGCCGGCCAUGUCGGGGGGCUCUGGCGGCGUCUCGCCCAUCAACACCGAGGUACACUCCUCCUCUUCCUCCUCCUCGUCCACCUCGCCCGCCUCUGUCCCGGCCCCCGCCCCGGCUCACCCGCUGGCCGAGCCCCCGUCGAGUCAGACAGCGGGCCACGCACAGAACCAGCCCCACCGCCUGUUAAAGUCCGAGAGCAUGCCUGUGCACCUCAGCAAAGAUGUAGUUUCAGGUGGAGUGUCUGAGGUGUCUCUUCCAGCCCAGACUCACACUGACACACAAGGACAAAGCUCCAGGACAGUCAGUUCCUCUCCCAGCAUAGACAGCCUCACUGGUGGGCGGGGCCAGUGCUCUGCCUCCCCACCGCUUCCUCCCUCCAGAGGCAGUGAUGUCAGCACUUCAUCUCCACCGCUCUCUGCCACCAGGAAGGAAUCUUUCUUCAAUAUCACUCGCUCUCGGUCCCACAGCAAGACCAUGGGCAAGAAAGAGAUGGAGGAAGACCUGGAAGGCCAGAUCUCUUUCCUACAGGGUCAAAUCAAUGACUUGGAGGCCAUGAGCAAGUACUGUGCCAAGAUGAUGAACAUGCACAUCUGUAAGAUCCAGGAGGUGAUUCUCCAAGAACACCUGGAAAAGGAGGACGAGGUGCUUGUGUCACUGGCUGGACUCAAACAGAUCAAAGACAUCCUGAAGGGAGCACUGCGCUUUAACCAAAGCCAGCUGGAGGCCGAGAACGAGGAGAUCACCAUCGCCGAUGAUCACUACACCUCCACAGCAGCUGCGGAGACGGCUCGGAGCGCUGUCGGUCGCCACGGAAACCACCAGCCGCCGUCCGGCAGCAGGCGGAGUCGUGACGCCGACAUGGACGGGGGUGGGAGCGCAGACGAGAAGGAAGAGGAGGAGCAGCCGAUGACCCCACCUGAGCAACAGGUGCCGUAUUCCCUCGGCUCGGAGGGCAAGAACUGGGACGACUACAUCCUCGUGUCCCAGGAUGAGGACUUGCAGGCGGCGGAGGGGGGGGCGGGCGGCGGCCGAGCCGCCGCCGCGUGCACCCCGCCCGUCCGCCGGGGCCGCGGCUUGGUGAGGAUGGAGCCCGAGGGCGCCGCCGGGAGCUUCCACGACCCCCUGAUGGCCGCCACGACGUCGGGCUCCUCCAGCCCGGACGAGGGCUCCACCCACAGCAAGGACUCUGAUUUCACCAUCGUCAACCCAAAUGACCUGUGAACAAGCAACCCCCCCCACCCCCACUCCUCCUCCUCUCAUACCUGCAUCAUAUCCUGCUCAGAGGGUGUGAUAGGAGGAAACUGACUUUGGAUCAGGCUGGCGAAUCUGCAGUUUGCGGUGGAGUAUCAGCUGAUUUGCUGUUGGCUAAACAAUUGCACACGUGGACUGUGACCAUUCCAGUCACAGGUACCUUCUCCUGUCUCUUUUAACUGUCAUCUGUGCCACUUUAGUCCUGUCUCAGCUGAUGCUGUAAGCUGUCUAUCUAAUGCCUGUCUCCUCAUUUUGUUGGGUUCUGUCACUCAUUUUACUGUAGUGCCCUGUUCUGCAGAAAGUGGGCACCUUUUAACUGCAUCCCCCAUCACGACAUAUAUGCUCUGAGCUGGACCUUAAACUGCAAUUUACCUCUCCCUGUGAGCCGACCGUAGUCUUUUGGACUUUGAUACUGCACUUAUUCUAUAUGUGGAGAUGUGGCCAUACCUCUGACUGUGCCCUGUGUCUGUCUCACUGUGUCCUUACAGAGGACGCUGUCCUCUGAUACUCAGAAGGAAGCCUGUCCUGUCAGUUGUGAAGGGCGGCUUUCUCCCCCUCCUAAAGCAGUGCCUCUGACCAUUAGUCGUCUCUCAACCAAACAAAACCUGACUCGAAGAUCUUAUUGUUUUUGUUAGCUUUUUUUUUUUUUUUUUUAAUAAAAACACUUUUAAUCCUUAGAUUUAUAGUUUGCUGGAUAAAAGGAUUAAAUUAUGGAGUAAGUCUGUUUUUUUCCCUUACAUUUUAAAACCUGAUUCCAAUGUGGACAUUUUAAUGUGGUGAAUUGACACGUUUUAAUUUGUCACAUUACUGUGUAGUUCUUCUGUUCUCUUCCCAUGGAAACAGUGUAAACUAGCGCGCACGGAACGAAUGUCUGCUCAUUCAGCGUAAUUAACUCUAGACAAAUAAAACUACAGAGCUCUUGCUGCA